UUGGUGUUAUUUUUUUAUCUAUUGAUAAAUUUUGCUUUCUCCUUUUAAAUAGUUUGCCAUGCCUACUAUGCCUGAGAUGCAUGAGGUAUACUUGUAUACCAGAGGAGAAGAUGCUUAAAGAUCCACGGAGGCUGUAUGCACCUGGUUGGCUCUAUCACAUUGUUGAUCGAAAGCCUUUCAGGUGUAAUCAGUUAAUGCUGGAGAAAGAUCGGAUCAUGGAGAGCCCGGCAAAACAGAGAAUGGAACGACAGGAGACUUUGGCUAGAGAACAUAGUGAAGAAUAUAAAGCUGCUUUCCAAAGGGCUGCUACACUGUCAGUGCCCCGUGCUUAUUCACCUUCUUCAUAUGGAACUUUUGAUUAGUUGGAGUCAUGGAUUCAAAUAGCUGCACAAUAGUGGUAUCGCGGCCGCUAUUUAGCGGAAUCGGUACCCACCGCCACCCCUAUUCAACUGAUAUUGGAUGUGAAGAAAAUUCACGUCUUUAAUGGUUCAUUGUUGGCGCAAAAAAAUUCCUUAGCAGCUAAUAGCAGCAAUAACAGGUCACAAUUGAUGCUAUUUCCGUUUUUUUUAAGAAAAAGGGAGGAAUCGACUUGGAAGAGGAGUUUAUACUCAGUAGAUGGGUAAGAAGGAUAAACUUGCUGUUGUGAAUCUUGGUGGCAGUGUAAUCAUUGGUAUCCAUGCCAAUCAUCUUUGAGUUCUGGCUAGGCAACUUUCUAUUUCACUUCAUAAGGUUCGAGAUAAUAGCCUUUUAUAUAAACUUGAUGGGGCACCUGUCAAUAAGGAAACCGAUUGCAGGAUUGAAAUGAUCUUUAACAAGUUGCUUGGUAAAGUCAUGGAAAUGAGAAAAACAUGGGUGGAAUUGCAAACCAUAUUUCUCUGGGAUCAGUUUUGGAAAAGCUCU